AUGGUAAACCCGGGCAAGUUUUUUUUUUUUUCUUCUGUGUUGGUAACUUGUUUGUUGAAGAGCGAAGCAGCGUCAAAUGGGAAGCCAGGGUGUGGGAAAGAGCCCAAGGUCGCUCCCCCUAUGAAAAUAAAUGAAAGCAGUGAAUCAAGCAGAAGCGCUACGGUAAAGCUGGACAAGCUGAAAUUUAAAAGAUCCCCAAAAAAUAUCCUCAAAGGAAGAAAAAGGGGAAUUAACUUUGUCUCCCUAAAUUUAGAGAAAAUUAUCGAGUUAAAACAGAAGGACCCGCUAAUCCUAAUAAGUAGUAUUUACUCCGGGGAAAAAGAAAAAUUCCUUUCCGCUUGCUACGAAAAUGAAAAAAUCAGAGAUGGCAACACGUGCAGCAGAAUUACCACUACCAAAGAAAUUUGCGAUGUGCCUGUUGACUUUAACCUGGACUAUGUCUUCUCAUACAGGGACAGAAAUGAGCACCCUUCUAAAUGCCUCGUGGACAACGUCCCUCAGUAUCGGAUAAAAAAUCAAGACCAUCUGGUUGUCCAGUCGGGAGAACGUUUCGACCUGAAAAUUCUGAACGAGUCCAUCCUGUUGAGAACUUCAGUCAUCAUUACUACGGGAAAAUGCUCAGACAUAGUAAAAUCUCGAAGUACCCACUUCGAAUUCGAGAGAUCUCCUAACCCUUUUGGUGACCCAAUAUUGCACAAGGGCGAAGUAAUUGGCUCGGAAUUUAAAAACAUAAAUGUGAAAAAAGAAGCCGAAGGGAUUUUUAGCGUGUGUUCCUGUUACAUAGACUAUCUGAACAACAAUUACAAUAGCUGUUUACUAGCCAGUAGGCAUUAUACACAAAUUUACACCCUGCGAGCUAUUGUGCCAUCUAGCAAGAUCAUCAAUAUGAGCACAGGAGAAAAAAUUAACAUUAAUGUUAAGGAGUAUGAAACAAUGUUCCCUAUUCAGAAUGCCUUCAUCAUCGAAAUGGUAAGUGGCUACCACUGCAACAAUAUUAACAAGAAAUCUUUCACCCAAGUGCAGGAAGAUUUUUACCAAAAUAUGAGGCGACUGAACUUUUAUGAUGUUUAUUUGUACGAAAUGGGUCCAAAUGAAAUAAUAGAAGACGUAUUUUUUUUGAAACCGGGAAGUUAUUUACUAUGUUAUACGUCCAUUGAAAGGGGGACUAAGUUUUCGGCCCUCCUUGCUACUAUACAUGUUAAGGGGUACGACUUAAAGGAGGUGAACUAUUUAUAUGUGGACCUCCAUUCCACCAAACUAAAGUUGGGACAGUCUGUUUUUCUAAAGAGAAUAGGAAUAGGUGGCUUAUCAGAAGUGGUUUUCAAAAAAAAGGAAGCAGAGAACUGCUCAGGCGAGAUGGUAAUUUAUUCCAAUAACACAUUAAAAAUGAAUGCCGAACAAAAGGGACAGAUAAGCAUUGAUGUCAUCUACGUGUCCGAUAUAAAGUUAAGUGAAUACAAUGAAUUGUUGGACAUCUGUUCUCGAGAGAACGAAAAAUAUAGAUUAAUCGGACGCGCAGAAGCAAAGCCGUAUAUUUCACACACCCACGAAAGUAUCUUUUUGGAAGAGUUCAAUAUUCCCCCGGAUGAUGUUAGAACCUAUGUGAUGAAAAAAGAAUCUAGAUUCUUCAGAUUUUAUCCUCAUAUACUGGAAUAUGCUCUAGAUAAUAAGAUAGACAUUCUGUACAUAUCUUUUCUGUGCUACUCAUCAAAAAAUGAAGUAAAAUUAACGUACAGUUCUGACAAAAACAUGACGCCCAAACCUUUCGCAAAACUCAGAAUCAGUGAGCCUUCCAGCUCUGUACUAUACAUUUCCAAUAGAGAAAUAAAAUUAUACGUUUUAAAGAAAAGAUUGCAAUCGUUAUUUAUGUAUGACAUUACUCCCAAUAACGUAAGAAAGAGGAGAAAGAAUACAGGAAUGUACGUAGAUGACCCUCAUAUGUACUCCUUAUUAAUUUACUAUUUCGAUUAUGCCAAUUUUGUAAAAUGUGAGAAUUGCUCAACGCCUAUUUUGAUGGAACCAGUGUAUAAUGAAAAUAGGAAAUUAAAUCUACUUUUUUUGGUAACAUCAGAUCCGCUUCGAAGAAUAAUAAUAGUUAACCCAAAACUUGAUACUGUGUAUGAAUAUAACUCUAAUGCUGUAAAAAACCAAUUUGAACAAAUUGGGGAGUUAAGGUUCAGUCUAGAUGUUCUGAAAGAUUCAUCAUAUCUCAUAACUGACGUUUCUUGUGGAAUCUUAAAAAAUAAUUCAUUCGAUUGUUUCUUGAUUGACCAAAUGAAUAACUCUGUGAUAGCCGUCCACUAUAUGGAAGAGCGAAACCUGCUACUUCUCAUGGACACCUUUCAGGGGGAAAGUAACGCGAAUGACGAAAAUGCCUAUUUGUACAAUUUUAUCUUUAGCCAAUCUGACACUUAUUUGCAGAAUCCCAAACAUGUAGUGCCCUUUCCCUUUGGUGAUUCCUACGUUCUGUUCGUUGACGAGGACGAAACCACCGAAAUGAACAUAAUACUGUAUGACAGAAACAAACCCAGUAAAAGGUUUUCCUACGUAUCCAAAAUAAACAGCACAUAUAUUGACGAAGGCAGGAUAAACAAAAUAUACAAAUUUUAUGAUCACAAAAAGUUAAUUAACAGAAAUGUACUAUUAAUAAUAAAGGAGCUGGAAAAAGCUGUGCACUUCGUGAUAGGUCCCAUACAAAACAUCACCAAUGUAACAGAAUUAAAAUAUAGUUAUCCGUCCAUUAUACAAGACAAUGGAAUUCCAUAUGCACUAAAAAUAAAGUCAGAUGAAAUUAAAAAAAUGAAUUUGCUUCAUAAUUUUCAAAUCGAUGUGCAUAAUGCCAAUAAAUCGCAGCAUGUUGCUAUAGAUAAAUAUGAUGGAACUAUUACAAUAAAAUUAUCAGAAUUUAUUGAUGAUCCCGUUAACCUAACCGCAAAGAUGUAUGGAGUUUUUAUGGAAUUAAACACAAACAUACAAUUUACCGUAAUUUGCGCCGAUGGGAUGAAAGCGCUAAAUGGACGCUGUGUUGCCUGCCCAUUAGGUUCCUAUAACAACAUUAAUGAAUAUAGGAAACAUGAAAAUAUACACGAAUGUAUCAAGUGUCAAGAAAAUUCAAUUACAAAAAACGAAGCGUCUACUUCCGUAGCGCAGUGUUUAUGUUUACCAGGAUACGAAUUAAAUAACAAUGACGAGUGUGUUCCUUGCGCAAUGGGAACAUGGAAAUCAGAAACUUCUAACACCCCUUGUAUUUUCCACUGCUAUCCUAAUUCGGAGAGCUUAAUAAUGGGUAGUCGGAGUGAAGAAGAAAGCGAAUGCAAAUGCUUAAAAGGUUAUUAUUUUGUCUCAAAAGAUGGAAUAAACUUUUGUGAACAAUGUGAUAUAGGUCACUUCUGUCCAGGUGGAUACAGAGGUGCUAAGAAAAAAUGCCCAGAAAAUACAACGAAUGAAGAACUAGAAAAUUUUUCCAUAAAAAGUUGUAAAUGUGACGCUGGUUUUGAGCCUUUCGACUCUUCAAAUUUGAAUAAUUACGAUUUUAUGACUAAUCCUAUUUUUGACGAUUACAAAGAUUUCGAACAAGAAAUGGAACCUUCUCAAGAAUGUGUACCAUGCAAAAUGGGAUCCUACAAAAACACAGUUUCGGAAGAAAAAUGUAAAAGUUGCUCUGCGCAUGUGUAUACAGAUGCAAUACAAUCUACUUCCAUAGCUGAGUGUAAUAAAUGCGAAAAGGGAUAUUAUUUGCAUGCACAAGAUUUGUGCUUGCUAUGUCCAGAUAAUCACUACUGCCCAGGUUAUCCUGCAGAAGAUGAAAAAUAUUCAUUUUAUGAAAACCAAAAGGUACCCUGUGAUGAUAAAACUUUGACAACCCCCCCAAAUGAAUUAAAUGUAUCAAGCUUAAACUGUUUGUGUAAAAAAGGAUUUGAAUAUGCAAAAUCAGAAGAAAACGAGUUCGCCUGUUUAGAAGUGCCAAAAAAUUACUACAAGUCCGAAUUAAGUAAUACACAAAAGAAGCCCUGUCCAGAAAACAGUAUUACAUCAUAUACAAAAACCAAGAGUAGGGCUAAGUGUAUAUGUGUAGGGGGCUAUUACUGGGAUAUUAAUGAAAACAAAUGUAUUAAGUGUCCUAAGGGAUAUUACUGCCCCGGUGGACAUUUAAAAGACUGUUUUUUGAAGAAUACUUUACAUCUGUGCAAGCCUAAAAAAAUAAAAUGCCCUAUAAAGAAUACAACAACGAAAGCUGAGGAAUCUUUUAGUGAGUCCAGUUGCCUAUGUGAUAAAGGCUACACUCUUAGUAAAAAAACGCUCCGUGAAUGCGUUCUCUGUCCAGUUAACACAUACAAAGAUUUUGUAUCAAAUGCGGAAUGCACUAUGUGCUUAACUCCGUACACAACAGAUGGACAAGUGGGAAGUGCAAGAGAAGAAGAUUGUACAUGUUCAGGUGGCUACUACUUCUUCAACCAUUGUAUACCAUGCAGUGAUAAAAAUACUUAUUGCAAAGGAGGGAAAAUGAUAGUUAAUAACAGAAGCAAAACUAUCCACUAUGGUCCAUCAAAAUGUCCACCAAACACCGUCGUUUCAUUUGAGACAGAGAGACCAUAUAAUCAAAGUUUUUGUGUUUGUAAAAAAGGAUAUAAGCAUGUCUAUACUGCAAGUAAUUAUACAAAAAUAUGUGCACCAUGUGAACGUGGAUUUUUUAAGACCAUGAUUGGAGAUUUUUCCUGCGAAUCUAAAUGUAAGCCCAAUUCAACCAGUUUGACCGGGGCGACGCAUGAAACACAUUGUUCUUGCCUAACAAAUUAUUACUUCAAAAAUGGUAUCUGCGUAAACUGCCCCGAUGGUGCAUACUGUGAAGGUGGUUUCGAAGAAGAAACCUUACUAAGCCUGAAAAAAGGUGUAAACUCUUUGGACCCUUCAAAAAUUAAACAUGUAAUGCCUGUUCCUAAGGAAAAUUAUGCACUUUAUAAAUUAAAGGGAAAUAUAUACAGCACUGACUGGUUCAUCGUAGAAUGCCCAAUUAAAGAAGCUUGUUUGUAUAAUGAAAAAUGUCAUGAAUCUAUGACCAAUUUUUUAUGUGGGGAGUGCAAAAAAGGAUACACAAAUAAUUUUUCGAAGCUAAAUUUAUGCAUCGAAUGCAGCGGAAAUAUUAUGAAUAUCCUACACAUCAUUUUCGUCAGUAUUUUUGUCUUGUUAUUUACAGUUAUUAUGGCAUACUUAAAUGUCUUUACAGGAGCUAACAGAAAAUCCGUUCAUUCUAUAGUUAUUAAAAUUGCGUUGAAUUAUUUCUCUUGUAUGAAAAUUUUCUAUGUCAUGGGAACAAGCGAGCUGUAUUUUCCAUUAAAUUUCUCAUCCCAUGUUAACUAUAUAAUCCAAAGUAUUAAAACAUUGUUAAGAGCAAAAAAAAAUUAUGGUCCAUAUUGCAUUUUAACAACGUACUUCAAAUUUUCACAUUCAGAUGCUUAUUAUUAUGGUAUGCUUUUUUAUGCCCUUAGACCUAUAUUACUUGCAAUAACGCUGACGAUUUUAAUGUAUCUCGUAGUAGAAAUAUACAAGUUUAAAGUUAGGGAUCAAACAAGAAUAAAAUUAAAUGUAGUAGACAAAAUUAAAGAAUUAGGGAAAACAGAACUAUAUGAAGAAAUCAUGCAAGAGUUGCCAUUGGAAAGAGGUCUGGUGUUGUUUAGAUAUAUACCCAUACCUGGGGAUUCAAAGUUUAAAAGAAUAAAAAAAUUUCUUGAAGAUAUGAUUCCUAUGUAUGUCACAUUAUUAUUUUUUAUUCACACCAAAACUACUUAUUCUAUGCUAACGCUGCUAGAUUGUAAGGCAAUUUACUACAAUGAUAAAUUUGUGGAGCAGUAUAUGAGCUAUGCACCUAGUGUAAAGUGUGAUUUGUCGGGAGAUUAUACAAAAUUCUUUAUGCUAGGUAUUAUCGGGAUAGUUGUAUGGGGAAUUGGCAUUCCGUUAAUGUCAUAUUUAGUGCUAUACAAAAAUCGAAAACAUUUGCAUUCAGAAAAUAUUUUAUUUAAAUAUGGAUUCUUAAAUAAUGGUUUUAACUUUCAAUUUUGGUAUUGGGAGUCAAUUGUCUUUUUUAGGAAAAUUUUAAUAUUAUUAAUAUCAUCAGUCCCUAUUUUAAAAACAGCUAGAAUAUUUGGUACUACUAUGUGGUUGUUUACCGUUAUUUCGUUUUUUUUUCUUACAGUGCAGAUCAUACUUCAACCUUUUGACUCAAGAAAUUAUCAUAUUUUAAAUAAAUUGGAAACUUAUAGCAUGUUUGCUUGGACGAUUACUCUGAUGACUUUUGUCUUCCUAACAGUAUCUAGUGCUGAUGCAACCAUAAAUUUCUAUGUGCUACUAUUUCUGAUAUUUUUUAAUUUCAUAUUUGUAGCUAAAGUUUUGAUAGCUCUGUGUUUUUCAUACAUAGAAAAUUUAAGACACAUAAAGAAGCAUGUUAAAAUUCCAUUUUUAAAUAAUUUUUUUGAAAAAAUGGCAAAGAUAGCUGAGGAAAAAUAUUAUAAAGAGCCUAUAGUUUCCCUGAACACGAAAGACAACUCUAUUCAAUUUAUGAGGAAAUACAGAAGAUAUCCUUUACGCAACAAGCAUCGUUUGUUAACGAAUGAAGAAAAAAACUACUUCCUUAAUGUUUUAUCUAACUUUAUAUAUUUUGGAGUAUCCAACUUAAACUUUACCAUUUUUCAUUCUCAUUUUAUGGAAUUUAUGUUAAGACUAUCAGUGAUUGAUAAUGAAAUGCUUCAUAAAAGGGGUAAAAGGGGAAUUUUAAAAUUAAUUGCCAAAGACCCCCAAAAUAUUGAUGAAUGGAUAAAAAUUAAGGAAUCAGAAUUAAACAAAAGCACCUUUUUCGAAAGACAUAAAAAAAUAUUGAACUUAUUUACAAAAAAUAUGCUUAUUAUUCAAAACAACAUCAAGAAUAUCAUAUAUCAAGGAGAUAAGCACACUAUCAUUUCUGACUAUGAAGUGUUGAUUAAUGUCUUAAAAUACGACGAAGAUUUUAUCACAGACUUUAAAUUUUUAUAUGAUGAGAACGCGGUGAAAUCAGGAUUAACGCUUUCUGACUUACAGUUGUCUUUUACUAAAAUUAAAAUGAAAGAUAAGGGAUUGAUUAUGCAGUUAUUUUCAUUGUUUAUUGCCAAGAAGAAUAUUGUACAGUUUGAGCGAGACGUUCACCUUAAAAAUAAAGUUGAACAGCUUAAAACGUUGUAUGACAUCCUCAUAACGGCAAAUGAAAAGAAAAAAAUUACAUUUAGAAAGAAUUUUGAAGAUGCAGUUAAAGCAGACCCAUUUGAUUAUAGGACAUUACAAAAUGAAUUAGAAACACUAAAUGGAAGAAUAAACAAUCUAAUUGACAACUAUCAAAAGCUAAAAGAUGCAAAUUAUUACGAAGAUGAAUGUGAUUAUAAUAAUGCGGUUUUGAAUAACAAUUCAGAGUUUUUUGAUAAUAAUUUAAAGGAACUCAGCUUUAAAGAAGUGACUAAUGAUGAACAGAACAUAGAAAAUGCCGAAGAAGGAGACAAUAUUAUACAAAAUGAAGAGACUAACGAAGAAAAUGUGGGUAAUAAAGAUGGGGAAGAAGAAAAUAAAAUGAAAGAACAAAAAUGA